AUGGAUAUAGAUGUAGAUUCUAUUACUAAAAAUAAAAAAAUGAUUAGGAAUUAUAACAUAUUAGAAAAGAAUUAUCAUUUUAUGAUUAAAGAAUAUGAAAAUAUAUCUAAUAUAAAAGUAAAUAAUAAUAUUGCUAAUGUUAGAAUAAUCAAAAACUUAUUAAUUUUAAAUAAUUCAAUAGAUAAUGUGAAAAAGCAAUGUUUACUAAAUAUAUUUGAAAAAUUGGAUAGCGUUUUAAUCCUAAUACUAAAAAAAAAUAAUGCUAAUUUGAUAUUAAAAUUAUUAUCCAUUUUUUACAUAAAACUUUUUAAAUAUGCAAAUUUUAAUAUUAAUGAUCAUUACAACAGUAUAUUUGAAAUAAUCUCAAAUAAAAAUUUAAUUGGAUGCUCUGUUGAAGUAAAAGAUUUACAUGAAAAUUUUUUUAAAAAUACAAUUCUUCUAGUAUCAUUAAUUUUAUAUGAUAUAUAUUCAAAAAUUACUUCUCAUCUAUCUACUAUAAUUGACUACUCAAAAAAAAUAAAGAAAUGUGAAAAUUUAGAAUUAAAAUACUUUUAUUUUAUAUGUCUGAAUAAAAUAAUAAAAUCUUCAAAUAUAAUAAAUUCUACAAAUACUGAAAAAAUAUUUAAGAUUUUGAAAAAAGCAGUUAAUGAAAAGGAAGAAAUAAUAAAAAAUAUAACUAUUAAAUGUCUUACAAAUUUUUUUAUUUUAAAACCAGAAUAUUCUCUUUUAGAAUAUGGAUUUUUCUUAAAUUUUAUAGAUAAUAACUUAAGUUUAAAUAAUAAUUUUAGCUUAACUAAUCUUAAAUAUGUUAUUAACUUCGUAAGUGUUAUAUUUUGUAAUUGUGCGAAUGUAAAAUAUAGUAAAAAUAAUGAUUAUAUAGAUAAAAAGAAUUCAAAAGAAAACAUUUACUCAACCUCAUCAAAAUUAAAAAGAAAAUCAUCUUCUGAAAAAAAUAAAUUGGGUUAUAUAAAAGAAAAUACAAAAAUUGAAGAAGAAAAAAAAAAAAAUAUUUUUUCUGAUUUUUUAAAAAUAGCAACAGAAGAAAUUGUUUCAAAGAUAACCAAAAUAAAAUUAGAAGAAAAUAAUGUUGAAAAUUAUAUUAAACUGGAAAAUGUUGAAGGAUUUUUAUUUCUUGAUGAUAAUGAAUUUAAUAAAAAAAUACUAAAAAAGAAAAAAAAUUUUCUAUCUUUUUAUAAUUUUAAGUCUUUUCUAAAUUAUUUUAAGAAUGUAAUAAUAAAUUUAUCUUCAGAUAUUAAUCAUGACUAUAUGAAUUUAAAAAAGUUAUAUUUUUUGAAAAAUCUAGAAAAAUACAAUUAUUAUAAAGACAAAUUUUUUUUUGAAAAGGAUUUUUGUGCAUAUUUGAGUAAAAAAAAUCAUAAGAAAUAUGAAUUUUUAAAAGAACCAAAAAGUAUAGAGAAUUUUAAUUUUUUAUUAGGAGUAGAUUAUAAAUUAAUGAAAGAGAAAAAAAUAAAUUAUGAUGAAAUAAGUAUGUCUAUAGAAGAAAAAAUUUUAUUUAAAAUUUACAAUUCUUUAAUUCGUAAUACCUUAUUAAAAAUUAUUUUUUUUGAAUCAUUUAAAAAUUUAUUAUUUUUUUCAAAAAAAUUUACAGGGAAAUCAAUAAUAAAAAUAAUAAAAUUUUUUGUAAACUUUUUAGAAGUUUUAUGUUCUAAUUGUGCAAAAAAGAAAAAUUUGAAAACUCAUUUAUAUACUAAUAAUAUUUCAAAUAGUUUUGAAAUCAAAUAUUGUAUAUUUUACUUUAUAAAUAUUAUAAAAGAAUUAAUUAAGAAAAAAGAAAAAGAUACAUAUACAAUAAUCAAAGAGAAAAAAAAUAAAUCAAAAGAAAAUGAAAAAAAUAUAUUUGACGAGAGUGAAAAUACUGAUCAUUAUGAAAAAAAUAGUCAAUAUUAUGAAGAAAAUGAAGAGGAUAGUGUUAGUAAAAAUAGGAAUAUUUGCAAUAAUAAUAAUCAGUAUGAAAUAGAAAAAAAAGACGAAAUUAUAUUUAAUGACACGGAUAAAUUUAAAAAAAAUUAUAAUUCUAAAAAUUUUGAUUAUGAUAAUACAAAAAAAUUACAAGAAACUACUACUAAUAAUAAAGAAAGCAAAGAAAAAGAAGUUGAAAGAUUGAACUUUGAUAGAAGAGAAAUAAAACAAGUGAUCAAAAAAGGAAAUAUAAAUAAUCAUUUAUUAAAUACGAGUAACAAAGAGAAUCAGUUAAUAAAUGAAAAUAAUAAUAGUAGUAUAAACACUAUUGAUAAAAUUAUCAACGAAAAUACUAAAAUAGAAAUAAAUGAAAAUAAGAAUGAAAUGGAAAAAACAAAGAAAAAUUAUGUUAAAAAUUUUAAAGAAACAAAAAUCAGAAAGUAUUUAGAAAGGGAAAUUAAAAACUAUCUAACUUUAAACAAUGAUACUAAUUUAGAUAUUAAUGAAAAAAAAAAGAAUGAUAUUAUUUUAAAAGCACUAAUAAGCUUAUAUAACAAAAUAAUAGUAAAUAAUAAUAUAAAAAAAGAAAAAUAUGAAAAAUAUGAAAAAUUUUUAAAAACUAUAAUAAAUAACAUGAAUGGUAUGCAUGUAGAUAUUGAAUUAGUAAAGGAUGUUAUAAAUUUAUUUUUGAAAAUUUUUUUAAGGUUCCCUUCAUAUAUAUAUAAUAUAAUAACAUUAUUAGUAAAUUAUAUAACAAUAAUUAAUGCCAAUUUUAUGACAUCUUUAACUUUAAAUACAUUUGAUGAUAUAGAAAAACAAGUGAGUAUAUUAAUAAUUAGUUCAGUUUCAUUGAAACAAAUAUUAUAUUAUUCUUCUAGUUAUUAUAAGAUGUAUCACCUAAACAAUUUAAUAUUUUGCAUUUUUGAUAUAUGUAAAUUGUUUCUCUCAAAAGUUCAAACACAUCCAUUAAAAACUAUUAAUGAGUUAAGAAGAAUCAUUUCCUUUUUAUUAAUUCAUUCUAUUCUUUAUUCUGUUAUGUAUGAAUUAAAAAGUAAUAAUAUGUUUUAUAGUUUAAAUGAUUUGGAUCAUCUAAAAACAACUAAAAAAAAUAUUGGUUCUUCUAAUAAUUUGAACUAUUAUAACUUGAAGCAAUACUUUAACAUCCAUGAAGUAUUAUACAAUAACCCUCUUCUUAAAUUAAUAAAAGAUAUACUAAAAGAAAUGAUAAAUGAGAUUGAAGAAGAAAAAAUGAAAAUCUUUAUUCACUCAUAUGAAGAACAAAUAAGUAAGAAAAAAAUGAAUUCCUGUAAUUUUUUUGUUGUUGAUAAUUUAUUUAUUUUAGUUUACAUAUUAAAGAAUGUUUAUGUUAUUUUAUCAUCAGAAAUGUUGACGUUUCUUUUUUUUGAUUAUAUUUAUAAAAUUGCUAAUACUUUAUUUAAUUUUUUCUACAAAUUAAAUGAAAUAAAUUGUAAAUAUAAUAAGGAAAAUAAUGAAGUAAGAAAAAAUUAUGUAAAUGAUAAAGAAAAGGAAAAAAAUAAUUACAUAAAUAGUUGUUCAAAAAAAGAAAAUAAGAAUUUUUACUUUUAUGAGUAUGGUUUUACUCAAAUAUGUAGGUUAAUAAGCAUCGAUAAUAUAUUACUAGUUUUCUUUAUAUAUUUAUUAAAAAUUUUUACUAGAAUUAUGAACUUUAUAAAAUUGAAACUAAGAAAAAGAAAAAAGAACAAAGACUUUUACUUUGUUGAUCAUAUUGAUGUUACUAGUAUUAACAAUAAUGAUAUUAAAAGUGAUGAAAAUUAUAAUAGUAAUAAUAUAAAUAAUGAUUAUAAAAUUUUAUUAAAAAAUGAAGAAAAAGAUGAAUUUCGUUUAAUAUUUGAGUCAUUAAUCAAUGUACAGAAAAACAAGGAAACUUAUUUUGAUUUUUUUUUAACAUUUUUAAUAAAUUUUACAAAAAAUAAAAAUAAUUUUUAUAUUUUGGUUGUAAAUUCUAUAGUAAGAAGAAAAGUAAUAUAUAAGGCAAAAGAUAAAUAUAUUGCGAAUAGCAAUAAAAAGAAAAAAUAUAUAUUAGAAUAUAUAAAUGAAUUAGAUAUAUUAAAUAUUUUAACAAAUAAUUAUGAAAAAUAUCAUGAAUUAAUUCUAAUAAAUUUUAUAUGUUUGUUUGAAUUAUAUUUAAAAAAAAAAAAAUAUUAUAAUAAAAUAAUGAAAAAUAUAAGUGUAUGUAUUUUAAAUUUAGAUGAACAAAAAAAUGAAUUAAUAAUGUAUUUAUUAAUACUAGAAAACUUUUUAAAGAAAAAUUUUCAUAAAAAAAGAAAAGAAAAAUUAUUUAAAAGUAUACAACCUCUAUUUAAUUUAUUAAAUGAUCAUUUUAAUUAUUCUUUUUGCUUAAUUCAUUUUUUAAUUAUUAAGAUACUAACUCUUUUUAUAAGUAAUAAUGAAAAUGUUAACUCAUUUAUAUUUAGUUAUGCUAUGAAAUUAUAUGAAAAAUAUUCAAUGCAAAUGAAUAAUGAAAGUUAUUUAUAUGUAUUGUUUUCUAUUUUAAUAAAAAAUUUAUAUUCAUCAUACUAUAAAAUAAAUUAUAAAAAUUCUUCAAAAAAAAAAAUCAGAAAUAUAAAUUUAAAGAAAUCUAUAAAUCUGUCCUAUUUAAGAAGUUUUAUUAAAAAUUCAACAAAUUCAUCUUCAUUAUUUAAUAAAUUGGAUGUAUGUUCUAACACUUUUUCAUUUAAACAAAACAGCCUUAAUUAUGUUUUUUUUAAUAAAGAUAUUUGUUCUUCAAAUAAUUCAGAAAAUUUUAAAUUACAACAAGUCUCAAAUAUUUCAGAAAUGAAACAAGUGAAAAAUAAAAAAAAGACAAGUAUGAAUAGUUCUAACAAUAGUUACACUGAAAUAAAAGAAGAUAAAAUUGUAAGCAAAAGCAAAAUGAAAUCUAAAGAAGAAAAUGAUAAAAAUAUAGAAAAAAGUAAUAAAGAUUAUAUUAAAAGUUAUUCAUAUACAGAAACGAAUAUAAAAAAAAAGAAUUUACAUAAAUUUUUUGAUAUUUACCUAGAUAUGUUAAAGGUAAUUCCUCAUAAUAAUAAUACAUUUAUAACAGUUUUAAAAAAUUUCAUUUCUAUAAUAAAAAGAGUAAGUACUUCUAUUGGCUUAUUUAGAAUAAAAAAUUGCUUAGAAGUUAUAUUAGCAUAUUUAUUAAAAAAUGAAAAUAUUAAUGUAUUUAAUUUUAAAAUUGAAAAAGGGAAAUAUGUUAUAAAAUUGUUUAAUAAUUUAUUAUAUAUUUUGAAAAAGAAGAAAAAAAAAGAAAAAGAAAAAGAAAAAAAAAAGAAAAAAAAAAAGAAAAAAGUAUUUAAAGAAAUAGUAAAUAAAAUACUUUUUAUAUUUGAAAUAUUAUUAAAUUCCUUUGAAAAGAAAAUAAAUAGUAAUCUAUUUAAAACAAUUAAUCUAUUAUUUGAUGUGAUAAAAAUGAAUAAAUUAAAAAAAUAUAUUUAUAAAUUAUCUGUGAUAAUACAAAAAAAUAUAUUUUUUUAUAAAAAUAUAAAAGUGUUAAAGGAAUCAUUAAAAUGUGUAUAUAACCUUUUAAAAAAAAAAAUUGUAAUACCAUUGCAUGAAAAUUUUGAUUAUUAUAUUUUAGUUAUUCAUAAUUUUGUUAAUACAAAAAAGUUAGAUAUACAUUUUAUAAAUUUAUUAAAAUUAAGGAUAUCUGUUUAUUCUUUUUUUAAUGUAAAUCAAUGGUCUAAACUUUUUGAAAAUAUACUGAACAUAAAAAGUGCAUUCAUAUAUGAUAUUAUAAAAGGUAAAACGAAAGAUAAAUUUUCUAAAUAUUCUUGUAAGAAUAAUAAUAAUUAUUGUGAAGAUAAUAACAUGAAAGAAAAUAAUCUAUUAAAAAAUGAUAGAUCAUUAUAUGAAAAAGAUAGCACUUUUUUUUAUACUUCUUUAUUUAAUGAAAAUUUUGGUUUUAAUAUUCAUAUAAAUUUAAAGGAGGAACAUUUUUUAAACCCUUUCAUGGAAAAUUAUAAAUCAAAAUAUUUUUUUAAUGUUUUUACAAAAGGAAAAAAUGAUUUUACUUUUUCAAUAGAUACGAAAUAUUUAGUUAUGAAAUUACUAUUAUAUUUUUUGAAAAGAAUUAGUUCAUCAUUUUUAAUAUUUAUUCAUAAUGAUUCUUAUUACGUGAAUUAUUCAAAGAAACUUUUAAAAGAUUCAAUUUUAAAAAAAGAAGAAAAAAAUAGUGAAAAACACGAUUUUUUAGAGGAAAAUGUGGUAAAAAAAGAAGAUAAUAUAAAAAUGAAAAAGAUAAAAAAAUUAUCAAAAUACAAUAAAAUGAAGGAUAAAAAUAUGAGCUAUGGUAAUAAUUGUUAUGAUAUGAAUGAAAACAAUCAAUAUAUUAAUGGGAGUAAAAAUGAUUAUAAUAAUUAUACAAUGAAUGGUAAAUAUUCUGAUAUUAAUAAUGAUAAUUACGAAAGUAAAAACAAGAUUAGUAGUUCCAAUGAGGAAAUGUUAAACAAAUUUUAUUAUAUUGAAAGAAUGUUCAAUCAGAGAAGAAAUUCCAAUGAUAAUACAAUAAUAGAUGAAACGAAUUUUAAUGAUAUAAAUUUGGAAGAUAUUGUUGAAAAUUUUUCUUUAUAUGAUAAUUUUGAAUGUUUAUUAAAAGUAAUUUUAAACAAUAUAAAUUAUGGCAUAAAAUAUUAUAAAUUAUCAAAUAUGGCUAUAAAAGUAUUGAUUGUUUACUUAAGUAUUUUUAAAUUUUCUAAAAUUAUAAUUGAUGAAUAUUCUGAUAAUAAUGAAAUUAAAUUACUCAUGAAUUAUGAAAUUAAUAUUUUUACUUCGAUUAAAAUGUAUUAUGAAUCAUUUAAUUUUAUGAAUUUAAAUUAUGAAAACGAGGAGUAUAAAUAUUUAGAUAACUCUAAUAAUAGAAACAAAAGUAACAACGACCUACAAUUUUCUCAUUUAUUUUUAUAUCCUCUAAUGAAUGUAUAUAAUUUAUUUUUAUUUUUAAAUGAUAUAAAAUUAUGUAAUUCUCAUAAUAAAUUUGUGGAAUACUUUUUUCAUUUUGCAAUAAAAGAUAAUAAUAAUAACAAAUCUCUUGAAUUUAAUAGUUUCACAAAAAAACAAAUAAAUAAUAUUAAUAAAAGAGAAGAAAAGAAAGAGGUUCUUAACUCUUUUUUAUUUUUUUCUGAAUGUGAUUCAAGCUUAUUUUUUCUUUUUAAAUAUAAAUCUUUCUGUUACUAUAUAAUACAUAAUGAUAAUGUUCUAAAUAAUUUAUCAAUUUUUGACAUUAAAUCAAUUGUGAAAAAUGUUAAUUAUAUUAUAUAUGACACUAUAAUUUUAUACAUAUGGAGUUUUAGAGAUAAUAAUAGUGAAGAAUUAAAUAAAAUUGUUCAUAAGUUUUUUACAUGUGUGAAUGAAAAGGCAAGAUGUUUAUCCAUUUUUUAUUUUUCUGCUUUUCCUAUUUUUAUUAAGUUCCUAAAUUAUGUAAAAAAUAGUGUUAUUUUAAAUAAGAAUAAUUAUUUAUUCUUUAAAAUAUUUAUUUAUUUUUUAUGCAGUCAUAUAAAAGAAUAUAAUAACAUAUUAAAACAAGAAACAAAAGAAGUAUACUUUACAUUCAUUUUUAAUUAUUUAGUUUUAGUAGAAUUAACUGAGGAAUUCAUAGAUGAUACAGAAGAAAAAGAAAUAAUAAAGAAAACAAAUAAAAUUAAAGACUAUAUAAAUUUAGAUGAUCAAAAUGAUAGUAAUAAUAAUAAUAAUAAUAAUACGGAUAAUAGUUGUAUAAAUAAUAAUAAUAAUGAGGAUAGUAAUAAUAACAAUAAUAAUAAUACGAAUAGUAUUAAUAAUAAUAAUAAUGAGGAUAGUAUUAAUAAUAAUAAUAAUAAUAAUACGGAUAAUAUUAUUAAUAAUAAUAAUCAUAAUAUGGAUAAUAGUAGUAUUAAUAAUAAAAAUGAGGAUAGUAGUAGUAUUAAUAAUAAUAAUAAUGAGGAUAGUAGUAGUAUUAAUAAUAAUAAUAUAGAUAAUAGUACUAUUAAUAAUAAUAUAGAUAAUAGUACUAUUAAUAAUAAUAAUACGGAUAAUAGUUGUAUAAAUAAUAAUAAUGAGGAUAGUAGUAGUAUUAAUAAUAAUAACAAUAAUAUAUAUGACGAAAAUAAAAAAACAGAAAGAACAUUUUUAAAUAAAAUUUUAGAAUACAUUUUAAAAUAUUUGGUAACUUUUAUAACUGAAAAUAAUAUAUUAAGUGUUUUAAACCUAAUAGAAAAGUUACAUAAUCAAAUAAUCGAAAUAAAAAAUAAGAAAAUCCAUGUAAAUACAUUAUGUAAAUUAUACACUUUAAAUAUAUUUGUAAUUAAUAAAUUUUUAAAAGAAAAUAAUAAUUAUGAAAAAGAACAAGAAAUCAUAAAUAUAUGGAACUCAUUUUUAAAUUCUUAUAUUAUUUUAGAAAAAAUAAAUGAUUUAGAGUUGAAAGGAAAUAUAAAAUUAUUAUUACAACAUACAUUUUUAAAAAAAAUGAACUUAUUAAAAAAUGAAAAGUUAUCAAGUAGUUUGUUAAAGUACUUUUUUCAGAAUUCUUCUAUAAAUGAUAUAAAUAACUAUUUAAUUAAAAUGAAAAGUUAUGAAGAAGAAAUUAUAAAAAUUAUAAAUGAAAAGGACUUACAUAAAUUGAAAAUAUUUUACAUAGAAAUAAUUAUUUUUAUUAAUUUUAUUAAUACUUGUGAUAUAUUAAAUGAAAAAAGCAAAUUGUAUUAUAAUCAAAAAAUAAUACAAAUAUUUAUAAAUUUCUCAAAUAAAAUGAAAAUAUUGUACUUUUACUAUAAUAAUAAUAAUAAUAAUAAUAAUAGUGACUAUAGUAAUAACACAAAAAAGCAAAUAAUUAUUUCUUCUAUAAAUAUUAUUCAAAAUAUAUUUACUAUAAUUAAAAAUAAAGAAGAAUCACUUGUCUUUUAUUUUAUUUAUAAUUUAAUUAAAAAUAACAUUUUGCCUGUAAUAAUAACAAAUUCUUCUAUAGAAAAUGUAGAUUAUAAUGAGUUAAUACCUUUUAAUUCUUAUAUGGAAGAAAUAAUUUGUUAUUCUCUAAAAAUAUUAAAUGUAUUUUUUGAAGUAUUUAUUAGUAAUACUAUAUUAAUAAAAAAAAUAUUAAUACCUUUUAUAAAUUUUAUAUACAGAAUUGUAACUUUGUGUGAAAAAAAAAAAAUAAUGAUAACAAAAAGUUUCUUAAUUUAUCAAGUAGAUCAAACAAAAACAAUUAGUUCUUUUAAUUUCCAAAACGAAGAUAUAUAUUUACAUAAUAACUUCAUUAAUACUAAUUCAGUUAAUAUUAAUUGUAUGACUAUAUAUUUUAAAGAAGUAAUUAAAAUUUUUAAAAAUAUUGCUUUUAAGAAUUCACAAUUAUUUAAACAGAUUAUUAACGAAGUAAAUACAGAAGAAAAAUUAUUGAUUUAUAAUUUAAUGAAAGAAUUAAUUAAUAUGAACAAAAAUAAUGAAACACAAAAUAAGAAGAAUGAUGAAAAAUUAGAUUUUAGCUUUCUAAAUUAA